GUUGCUGGGGUUAGAAACAGAGGACCCCCUUCACAAGAACAAUACCAUGACGAUGUUGGAUCUUCGUGCUUAGUUUUUAUGCCAAAGAAAUCACAGAUACGUUGGUGUGUAUAGUUGUGCUCGCUCAGCAUUUUUUGCAGUAGCUGGAUCUCCGACUUGUUGGACAUGACAUCGUCUAAUGUGGCAUUGCAAGCUAGAUCCUGUCUCCGAGGCGAGCUCUGUGCUGCUGCAAUACGCGUCCCAGCAGUCCAAUCGUCAGGGUUGUCCUUCAAAAUUUGCUGGUAACGCAAAAGGGCAGAUUCGUGACCUUGCAGUGUCCUGAUCUCACGCGCUUCCUGGUAGGCUUCCUGCAAUGACGACGAUGCAUCACUCUGAUGAUUGGACAAACGGAUCCGUCGUCGUACUGAAGGACGGGUAACUCCAACAAAUCCCGUCCCACUGGACAAUAGCGCCAGAGAUAAAAGACAGAACCAUUGUGCCAUUCUCAGUAUGCCAGCGAGGAUUGGAUUGGAUUGGAUUGGAUUGUCAUGGUCAAGUGCACUGAACAACCUGCACAACCCAAAAGCCAACCAUGGAUCGUCUGAUCGAUCGACGCAGCGGAUAUUUCAGGCUGAAGAUCCUUAACUCUAAGCUUGAGAAGCCUUCCGGAAGCUCGCUUCUGACGUCAAUCAAAAGAUCCAAGAAAUCUGUAUUCCCACAAUCUCUCGCCGCCAUCGAAAAUACAAUAUUACUGCCACCACUCUAUUGAGAAACAUAGAGACUCCGACAACUGCAAUAGUUGCAUCUUGUACUUGCAAAUAGGCAACCUGCCAUCACCACCCGGAAGCGACCUUCCAACCAUUGACUUUACAAUUGAGCUCACUUUUGAGUUGAGGAUUGUGUUGAUUCGAUUCCAUCCAUUUUUACUUUUCUACCCUACCCUUCUCUUUUUCGUUGAUCAUGAGCGGUGAACAAGCAAGUGGAGCCCGAGGUGGCCUUUUUGGAGCCGGAGGCAGGUUCAAGGGAGGAACUGAUCCCAUCAUGGAAAAAUUCAACGAGAGCAUUGGUUUUGACAAAAGAAUGUGGGAUCAGGAUAUUCGCGGUUCUGUGGCUUACGCCAAGGCGAUUUGCAAGGUUGGAAUUAUCUCGGAAGAAGAAAAAGAUCAAUUGGUCGAAGGCCUUGAAAAAGUCAGGGAGGAAUGGGCCAACGGAACCUUUGAGCUCAAACCCGGUGAUGAGGAUAUUCACACCGCCAAUGAACGCCGCUUGACAGAAAUUAUUGGACCCACGGGUGGAAAGCUCCACACCGGACGUUCUCGCAAUGAUCAAGUUGCCACCGAUACUCGUCUGUGGACCGUAGAAGCAGAACGAGAUAUUAUCAAAGAUAUUGCUACCUUAUUGGUUGCGGGGGCAGAGUAUGCCAAAAAACAUGAGGACAUUCUCAUGGCUGGAUACACCCACUUGCAACCAGCACAACCCAUUCGAUUUUCACAUUGGAUUCUCAGCCAUUUGAUGCCAAUUAUGCGUGAUGCUCAGAGAUUGCAAGAUAUCAUCCCACGUGCCAAUCAAUGCCCACUUGGAUCUGGUGCUUUGGCAGGAAACGCCUUUGGUGUCGAUCGAGAAUUUUUGGCCAAGGAACUCGGAUUUGACGGUGUCACGCACAACUCACUCGAUUCCGUCUGCGACCGUGAUUUUGUCGUCGAAUUUCUCAUGUGGAGUACUCUAUUGUUGACACACAUUAGUCAAUUUGCCGAAGAUGUCAUUAUUACCAAUCUUCUCAAGGGAGUGGACAUUGAUGAUGCCUACGCCACGGGAUCUUCUCUCAUGCCCCAAAAGAAAAACCCAGAUGCGCUCGAGCUACUGCGUGGAAAAGCAGGGAUUGCGCUUGGUCGUGCAGUUGGAUUCACAGCCACGCUCAAGGGAUUGCCUCGUGCCUACAACAAAGAUUUGCAAGAAGAUAAAGUGCCCUUGUUUGAAGCUGUGGACACGGUCAAGGAUUGUCUUGCGAUCGCAACUGGUGUCAUGGUCACAAUGAAGCCCAACCCUGAGAUGCUUCUGAAAGCUCUCUGCCCAGAAAUGCUGGCGACCGAUCUGGCGGACUACUUGGUUCGUAAGGGUGUUCCUUUCCGUGAAACUCAUCACAUCAGUGGUGCCUGUGUGAGACUUGCCGAAGAGACGAAGGUGAGCAUUGACACCUUGACUUUGGAGCAACUGCAGAAGAUUGAUGCACGCUUUGAAGAAGACGUGAUGAAAGUAUGGGACUAUGAGGUCAGCGUUGAGCGCAAGUGCUCCAUUGGUGGAACUGCAAAGAGCUCUGUUGCCAAGCAAAUCGACGACCUCGUGGCCUUCGCAAACAGUCUCUAGCCGUGCAACUGAUCGUGGUUGGUGGAAGACCUUUUAGUCGAAUGAAAGCCUAUGGCUGCUGUUGUAGUGCCGUGGCUGGACAAAUACAUUCUAUAGAAAAGUAAUAUCGAGAAUAAUGAGAAUAAUGUUGCAUAUUUUCUU